UUUAAAAGUCAUAACAAAAAUUUAAGAGGAUUAAUUACGGUUAUCAUCAAGUGAACAUACACAAUGAAAUCUAAUGGAAUAAUACAAGAGUGUAAUAAAGUUAAACCAGCAAGAUGUUUGUUUCAAUCAUUGGAAAAUAAAUUAUGGAAUCAUUCAUAUAAUUUAAAUGAUAACGAUAACAACAACAAAAGCAACAAAAACACAAUUCAAACAAAAUCACUUAUCAAUGAACAAUGUCAACAAACAUUCAACUUGGUAUGUCAAAAAAGUCUUGAAAAGUUUUGUCAAAAUUAUGAUUUUGAUUUGAAUCAAAUGAAACCUGUUGUUAAUCCAAUCAGAUGUAAUAACAAUGAAAGUGAUCAGGAAAGUCAACAUCGUCAUCGUCACAAACAUCAACACACAAGACAUAAACAAAUAUGGCAUUGGGAACAAUUGGACACUACAGUCAAUUAUAUACCCACAUUUUAUUUGAGUAACAGAUAUCAUUCAGAUAGUUAUCUACUUCAAUCACAUCAACAGGAAUAUCCAGUACCACCAAAUACACCACACAAAUGCACUACAAAAUCAUCAAACUAUCAAUUCACAGAAAAUAAAUACAAUUCAUCUACUUCGUCCAUAUUGCAGAGGUCACACGCAUCUCAUCACAUUUCAUCUCCAGUACCAAUCACCCAACCAGUUACAAAUUCAUUUCGUGUGUGUCGUACUCGAAGUAGGAAUUCAUCAAACUGCACAAUAGCAUCUAGUAGAACUUCCAAGUAUUUGCAUGCUCAACAUAUACGGAGUAAAAGUGAGGGGAAAGACAUUGACCACAUACACAACUCACAUCUCGAUGGACAUGUCAAAUGCAGUGUUUGCAAUGAUUCAGCUUGUCGUUCCUCUGAAGUUCCAUACAAAUCAUCAAGUUAUUCGUCUUCCAAUAUUCCAUGUUCAAAGAGUGUGAAUUGUGUUGAGGAAUGGGAAAAUAUUUCGUAUUCUGAGAAACAAGUGUCUCCCAGUUCAUCAUCCACAUCGAACAGAUCUAGUUUGAAGCAAAUGAAACUGACUGAUAUGUUCCCUGUCAACAAACCUGUCAAAUCCUGUAUAUUAUGUACAAAUUCAUGAUUAUUCAUUUAUUCAGCAACAACAACAAAAUCUGGCUGAAAGUGAAAAUUUUUUCUAAAUUUUGUGAUACAAAUAUUAUUCCUGAGCUCAGGGAACUAAAUUCCAUAAAAAUCAUCCACCUGAGCAACAAAUUUUCUCCACCAUAUUAUUCUCUUCUUUCUCAACAAAUGUAUAUAUAUAUGCUUGUACAUAAAUAUUAUUCAUUACAGUAUGGCAACAAACUUUGAACGAAAUUGUACAAAUAAAACAAACAAUCUGCCUUUUUAGCCGAUUGGUCGUUUAUUUCUUUAUUUCGUUUUUUGGCUGAUAAUAGGUGACAAUACUCAUUACAUUUUAUGUAUUCCCUGUUCAUAACACAAUAUUAUUCUCUCUAUGUGUUCAAACAUAUGAUUAUGAAGAGUAUAUUAUUCUUCUAAUAAAAAACCAUUCGCGUUCUGUUUCAACAAACCAACCACCCACCCACCGACACACUCACACACACACAUUAAGUACAAAACUUUAAUAUUUUCAAAAUAGUUGCUAAUCUUUUAAUAUUGAUAAUUUUCUAUUUUUAAAUUGUGAUUAAAUAAACAAAAAUUUCAAUAAUAAAAUUUGUAUUAUACUA